AUGCAAAGCAGUAAGAAUGAUCAAAUGGAUUCUUCUCCCACAAGAGCAACUGACAUGGAUAUCAAUACAUGUUCUUCCACAAACAGAGACAAUCCUGCUUGGUGGUAUGUUGAUCUGCAAAAUGUGAAAAGCAUUCACGACGUUCAAAUUUACUUUGACAGAAUAAGUGGUACAUACGAACAACAACAGAGACAGCGUAUGUAUGGUUUCCAUCUGUUCAUCACAAAUACGACUGAAAUAGACAGUUUGAAGGAUGGACAUCUAUGCUACAAUCAUAGUGGUCCUGAUUUACCGGACUUAACCUCCACACAUGUCUGUGUCACAUUCGGUCGCUAUGUAUUCUAUUACAACGAGAGACUUCCUGACGUGACAUACCCAGAUGGAUCUAAUUCUACACGUGUUCAGCUUUGUGAGGUUAUAGUACAUGCAUGCCCCAAAGGGACAUAUGGAAGAAAUUGUUACCAAAACUGUAGUGGUAACUGUCUUAAUGAGACAUCAUGCAACAGGGUUACUGGGUUUUGUGAUGAAGGCUGUUUAGUUGGAUAUCGUAACGAAAAAUGUGAUCAAGAAUGCCCUAAUGGCACCUAUGGUAUAGACUGUAUGAAAAACUGCAGUGGUAACUGUAUCAAUAAUGAGACGUGUAGCAAAGUUGAUGGAGGGUGCGCAAAUGGUUGUGCAACAGGCUUUCAGGGAUAUUUUUGCACUUGCACCAAAGGAACAUAUGGAGGAAAUUGUUCUCAGAACUGUAGUGGUAAUUGUCUAAAUGGAACUUAUUGCAACUGGUUUACUGGGUUUUGUGAUGAAGGCUGUUUAAUUGGGUAUCGCAGCAAAAAAUGUGAUCAAGAUGAUAUCUCCAAGUUUAAAGAAGCAAGACAAAGUAGUAGGUAUGAAGAUAGUGAGGUUUUUUCUCCUGACAAGGCUGUUGACAAAGAUAUCAGCACAUGUUCCUCUACAGGAGCAGACAAUCCGGCAUGGUGGUAUGUUGAUCUACAGGAAAUAAAAAGUAUACAUGAUAUCGAGAUUUACUUUAAUGGAUCACAGACAACAGCUUCAGCAGAUGGGACAUUUGGGAUAGGAUGUUCCAAACACUGUAGUGGCAACUGUCUGAAAGGGACCUCAUGUAAUAUUGUGACAGGAGAAUGUGAUGAAGGUUGUUCCCCUGGAUAUGUCAGCAAUGGAUGUGAUCAAGAAUGCCCUGCUGGUAGAUUUGGUAAAGACUGUAUCAAAAACUGCAGCGGUAACUGUGCGAAUAAUGAAACUUGCAACAAUGUAAAUGGAAUGUGUGUUAAUGGCUGCCAAACAGGAUUCCAGGGAUUAAUCUGUGAUGAAAAUGUAUAA